AUGGCGCACCCGUUCACUAACACGGUCGCUCGCGGCACACGCCCCGCCAUGCAACUAAUCUACGACCUGCGUGCGUGUGGCGUUGAGCGCGAAAUCGCCAUCCCGCAAGUCGCCGUUAUUGGCGACCAGUCCUCCGGCAAGUCGAGUGUCCUAGAAGCCAUCUGUUCCGUCCCUCUGCCGCGAGGAGCCGGUUUGACCACCCGCUGCGCCAUCGAGCUGCGGCUGUCAGACGUCCAUCCGGAUGAUCUUCAUCUGCCCCCGGAUACACCCCGCCCGGAGAGGGACAUGUUUUGGGUUGGAAGCAUUUUUACCUCCGUCGACUCUGGACAAGUCCCAAUUGAGAAGAAGGACGACCUUGAGCAGGCUAUUGCCGCAAAAGCAAAGUCGCUGACGAACUCCAGGCAUGCGGGAGGCUUUUCGAAUGAACGUGUCAUAGUCCAGAUUGCUGCUUCAGGCUCGCCUAAUCUUACUAUUAUCGACUUGCCCGGUAUCAUUCGGACAAAGACUUUUGGUCAAAACUCGAACGCCAUCCGCGAGGUGACUAAUCUCAUUCGAGGUUACAUAAGUCAGGAGCGCACCGUAAUGUUGGUCGUCGUCCCCGCUACACAAGACGUCGCCACAAUUGAGGCGUUGGAGUGGGCGGCCAGGUCGGACCCGUCGGGCGAGCGGACCAUCGGGGUCAUCACUAAGCCCGACCUGAUUGAUGACGGAGCGGAAGAGGAAGUCGGUGUCGUUCUCUCGAAUAAGCGAAAGCCACUAAAGCUUGGCUAUGUCAUGGUCAAGAAUCGAAGCCAAAGGGAGGUCGAGGAACACGUUUCCGUGCGCGAGGCGAGAAAGAGUGAGGCCGAAUUUUUUGCUCAACAUCGAGUCUUUUCGACUAUGUCAAAGGAUUUGUUUGGGGUUGAGAAGUUGGUGAGAAAGCUCACGGAUGUCCUCGUGUCUCGCGUUUAUAAUGCGCUUCCUGGGAUGCGCGAGGAGAUUUCUUCGAAACUGGAGACGACAAGGAAGGAGCUUGACGAGCUAGGUCGAGGCGCCGGCGAGACUUCAUCAGAGGCAAGUAUGACUCUCAUGCGCAUUGUGUUUGAGUACAACAAUUUGCUUACUGAAUCGACUGUCGGACGGUAUGUGGACAAGCGAUUGUGGGCUCCUUCGAUUCGCCUUUGUACGCGAGUGCGGGAUUUGUAUGACACAUUUAAGGCGAGCGUAGAGAGCACGCGUCCACCUUUUGAAGGAGACAGCGCUUUUAUUGACGAAGUGGAGAGCGAUAUCCGUAGUUCUCGUGGACGGGAGCUUCCGGGAUUCCUCAACUCGAGGAUUUUUGAAUCGCGAGUGGCGCGCUACGUUGAGGAUUGGCGUACCGCCUCGAACAAGCUUGUCGCCGAUGUGCGAAAGGCCGCGGCUGAAGUGGCCAACGAUAUUUUAAGUUUGUUAGCACCGGAGUUUCCGGGGUUGAGACAUAAGAUGCAUGAAAUCAUUAGCGAAGUUUUGCAAAGGCUCGAAAGGGAAGCGAGGGAGGAGAUCAAGGCUUUGUUUGAUCGCGAGGUGGGACAACCGUUCACGAUGAAUGAUCAGUUCCUGGCGGCUGUGAACGAGAAGCGUUUGGAUCGAUUUGACCAGGCUGUGCAGAUCGCUCUUUCGCGUACAGGUCGUGACAUGCGGGGGAACAUUCGGGAAAAGGCCGUAACAGACAUGCUUCGGGCGUGGUACCAAAGCUACUAUUGCUCGGGCAGCAAAAACAGACUGCGGGCUGAAGCGGAGGACAUGGCUACUAUGCUGGGUUGUUAUUGGGACGUAUCCUCCAAAAGGUUCGUGGACAACCAAGUAAUGGUAGUGGACACUAAUAUUAUUCGACCGCUUGCGCAGGAGGUGCAUGUUACGAUGAAUGAGCUGGUGGUCAAGGUCGGAACUUCGCAGCAAAUGCUGGAGAGGUUGCUGAGAGAGGAUGCUUUGGAGUUAAUCGAUCAGUUCUAG